GAGAACACCCACUCCGUAAACGCCUGACGCUAAUACUCCCACGUGGUUCUCCCGGCGGUCCUUCUCUAGGCACAACCUCCAUAUGUCUCAACUUUUGCGACCGCUGGCAUUUUUCAGCUCAUCAUGGUCUCGUCCAUGUAUAGCAAAAACUUCCAAACAGUCUAGGUCAUUCGUGAAACCGUUACUAUGGGGUGCUACUGUUUCCAUAUUUUCAGCCGCAUAUGCAGUACAGCACACAACCAUCCAUCUGGACGCCGAGCCAUCUCUGCCCGACUCCGAGUUCGAGAUUGAUCCCGCAACAUCAAUUGCUUUCCCUAAGACCCUUCGUAUACCGUCAAAGCUCCCUUUGCCUCAGUUCUCACUCGUUGGCGUUGGGGUGAGAACCGUGUCAUUCCUUGGCAUAAAGGUGUACUCUGUUGGUUUUUAUGCCGACCUUGCCAAUCCAAACCUGAAUAUUCCCAUGACUGCAACUCCAGAUGAAAAAAUCGAGCACAUUGUCCGCAAUACCGCUUGCGCCAUCCGAAUAGUACCCACUCGCGGCACAUCUUACUCACAUCUCCGUGAUGGCUUCAUGCGCGCCCUCACUGCGCGUAUGCAGCUCGCACAUACACGUGCUACAAUCACUCCGGCAGAGGAACCUGCAGCCCAGUCUUCUUUGAGGACAUUGAAAUCCCUUUUCCCGACUACAUCAAUGUCAAAGGGCAAACCAUUUGACAUUGUACUCCUUGCGCCGUUACGCAGCCCAUCUCGCCCACGUACUCUGAUACUUAAAGAUAUGGGUUCGGUGGAAAAUGAUUGGGUAGCAGAGGAAUUCGUCCUGGCAUAUUUCGAAGGUAAUGGGAUUAGUCCUCCAUUGAAGAAAGCUGUUACAGAGCGUAUGCAAACGUUUGGAAAGUAGCAAUAACUUUAGUUUACUGAAGACAUACCCACAUGCAAAUAUGGUGACAAUAAUGUCACUUGCUAUCAGCCCGA